AUGGCAAACCCGGUGAAAGCAGCGUUGGCUCUCCUGGUUCUCAGCGUGGCAACUGCCUUGUGUGCGGAGGUGGAGGAGCGGCUGGUGAGUCACCUGUUGGCACCGGAGCGCUACAACAAGCUGAUCAGACCGGCUGUCAACAACAGUCAGCAGGUCGCCAUUUACAUCCAAGUGUCUCUCGCCCAGCUGAUCAAUGUGAAUGAGAGGGAGCAGAUCAUGACCACAAACUGUUGGCUCACUCAGGUAUGGAAUGACUACAGAUUAAUGUGGGACCCCGAGGAAUACGAGGGCAUCAAGAAAAUCCGCCUCCCGUCACAAAACAUCUGGCUGCCAGACAUCGUCCUCUACAACAAUGCCGAUGGGACCUACGAAGUCUCCUUCUAUUCUAAUGCUGUGGUUUCCAACAACGGUGAGGUAGCCUGGCUUCCACCAGCCAUCUACAAGUCUGCUUGUAAAAUUGAAGUCCGUGACUUCCCCUUCGACCAGCAGAACUGCACCCUGAAGUUCCGCUCUUGGACCUACGACCACACGGAGAUCGACCUCAUCCUUCUCAGUGACUUUGCCUCACGUGACGACUUCAAACCCAGUGGCGAGUGGGAUAUUGUUUCAUUGCCCGGACGAAAGAAUGAAGACCCGAAUGAUAUCAGGUACCUGGACAUCACCUAUGACUUUAUUAUCAAGAGAAAACCUCUGUUCUACACCAUCAACCUGAUCAUUCCCUGCAUCCUGAUAACAUCCCUGGCCAUUCUGGUUUUCUACCUCCCGUCAGACUGUGGUGAGAAGAUGACUCUCUGUAUCUCCGUCCUUCUGGCCCUCACUGUGUUUUUACUCCUGAUCUCAAAGAUUGUACCACCUACGUCUUUAGCAGUGCCUCUUAUCGGGAAGUACCUAAUGUUUUCGAUGGUGCUGGUCACCUUCUCCAUUGUAACCAGCGUUUGCGUGCUCAAUGUACACCACCGGGCCCCCAGUACGCACACCAUGCCUCCCUGGGUCAAGCGUAUCUUCUUAUACCGGCUUCCCACUUACCUCUUCAUGCGGAGACCUGGUAGCUCCAACAUUCGCGAGAAGUUCCGGAAAAAACACCAGCAGCGAUCGUACUCUGACCAGAAAAUGCGUGGAGCAGAUGGAGGGAUGGGAAGCGCCGUGGGAAUGGCCGAUUCCUCCUCGUCCUUCUUUGUCAAUGAGGAUUCAGCCAAACACUACGGCUGGAAGGUCAGCGACUUGUCAGAGAACACAGAGUUCAGAAAGAGGCUGACUCUCAAGUCUAACAUUGAUGUGGAGGACGCAGUGGAUGGAGUGAGAUACAUCGCUGAGAAGAUGAAGAGCGAGGAUGAUGAUGAAGGGAUCAUUGAAGACUGGAAGUACGUGGCCAUGGUGAUCGAUCGUCUCUUCCUGUGGAUCUUUGUGUGUGUGUGCGUGGUCGGGACGCUAGGCCUCUUCAUGCAGCCUCUGUUCCAGACUUACAACAUCCCCAUUGCUGAUGAAGUGGACCAUAAAUGA